UUCUGUUGUCAAAAUUGUCAACUCAACUCGAAAAUACUCGAAAUUCGUAUUCGUAUUACGAUAACUCGAUGUUUUUUUUUUGUAUUUUCUACUCAGUAAAUCAUGUAAACUGGACACAGUGUAAUAAUUAAUAUUGACAACGAUAUAAAGAGAGUUAAACCGAUACAAGUUUUCGCCAUUGCGCAUCCCGAGCACUAUUUGUAUAUUUUUUUUUUUGGACAUAACAACUUGUGCGUAACAUUGGUUCUAAAAAGAGAACCACAAGCCGAAAAUGUAUAUAAAUUAAAUUUAUCUAUUAGUUUUAUACAAAGCAAAGUCGUACUUUUGUAUUUACCCAGUUUUUAGUGCAAAAAAGAAGAGGUUUGUAAAGAUGAAGAUGAAGAAACAGAAUGUACGAACCUUGUCCCUUGUCGUAUGUACUUUCACAUAUUUGCUUAUUGGAGCAGCAGUCUUUGAUGCCCUGGAGUCAGAUACUGAGAGUAAACGAUGGGAAGUUCUUUCAGACAUGAAAAAUGGUCUAGUCCGUAAAUACAACAUCACACCAGAAGACUAUCACAUGAUAGAAAUAGUAAUAAUAGAGAAUAAACCUCACAAAGCUGGGCCACAGUGGAAAUUUGCUGGUGCCUUUUAUUUUGCUACAGUCGUACUAGCCAUGAUUGGCUACGGACAUUCUACACCUGUUACAGUUGGAGGAAAGGCGUUUUGUAUGGCUUAUGCUAUGGUGGGCAUCCCUCUAGGCUUAGUGAUGUUCCAGAGCAUAGGUGAACGUCUCAACAAGUUUGCAUCAGUUGUAAUCAGACGAGCCAAAUGUUAUCUCAGGUGUAACACUACAGAAGCGACUGAGAUGAAUCUCAUGUUUGCUACGGGCAUGCUGUCUUCUAUUAUUAUUACUACAGGUGCCGCAGUGUUUUCUCGUUAUGAAGGCUGGAGUUACUUUGACAGCUUCUACUACUGCUUCGUGACGCUUACUACAAUUGGCUUCGGUGAUUAUGUUGCUUUGCAGAACGACCAAGCCCUCACAAGUAAGCCAGGCUAUGUGGCUUUAAGCCUAGUGUUCAUUCUCUUCGGAUUGGCCGUGGUCGCCGCUAGCAUCAACUUGCUUGUCCUGCGUUUCAUGACUAUGCAAGCUGAAGAGAACGCCCGCGAGGAAGAAAAGGAAAAUUCAAGAACGCUGUUGCCGAUAGAUGGACACGUCAUUGGUCGACAAAGGGCACAUGAAGAUCAGGCUUCGGUAUGCUCGUGCAACUGUCUCGGCAACAAGCAGUGUGAGGGCGCACUGUUGGCGGCGCCGCACCGCGUGUUGGCAAGCCGCCUGUCGCUCGCGACUGAUCGUCUCGAACGCGCCUCCGUCUAAUCGAGGAGUAAUGACAACGUUAAUGUCAAACAACAAUUGCCUCCGCGGCCGAACGGUUACCUUGCCGUACUGCCACAUAAAGGUCCCAGGUUCGAUUCCCGGGCCGGGAGAAAUAUUUGUAUGGUCUACAUUU